GGAUAUUUGCUUCCAUGUACCCGUGACAAACCUUGCCCCUAAGAUACAUAGUGCAGCAGCUAUUUCCCAAAUACGUUUUUACACGUGUAUUAUAUAGUUUUAUUGUUAGAGAUGACUACAUAUUUUACGACAGCGUCUUUCGAAUGAUUUAUGAAGAUCUUAAUGGCAGUUUUCAGCAGUUCCCUGACGUCGUGUUCGCCCGGAAUGAAGUCGUGAUGGCUUUGGAUACGACAUCUCAUCACGCCACUGAAGUACAGAAAUUGAACCAGCCCAUUAUCUGGAGCAACGUGAUAGGGAUUCUUUUGUUCCACCUGCUAGCAGUAUACGGUCUGCUCACUUUGCCGUUGUUGCAGAUUCGAUGGCAGACAUAUCUUUGGGGUUACUUUCUUUAUCUGGCUGGGGGGUUCGGUGUAGCUGGCGGUGUACACCGCUUGUGGACCCAUCGCACGUACAAAGCCAAAUGGCCGCUCAGGAUAAUUCUUCUCGUCUGUUUCUCCAUUUCAGGGCAGAAUUCAGUGUUCGACUGGGUAAGAGACCACAGAAUCCACCAUAAGUUCAGCGAGACAGAUGCAGAUCCCCACAAUGCUAACCGAGGAUUUUUUUUCUCCCACGUGGGCUGGCUCAUGCAGAGAAAACACCCUGAAGUCCUACGAAGGGGACGUCAGGUUGACAUGAGCGACGUACUGGCUGACCCACUAGUCAGAUUCCAUAACAAGUACUUUUCGUUGUUGAAGAUGUUAUUCUGCUUCUUCGUUCCCGUGGUGGUCCCACCACUUCUCUGGAGUGAGGGAUGGUACAACUCUGCCAUGGGCGUAGGCAUUCUACGUUAUGUCCUCCUGCUCAACGCAGCCUGGUCAGUAAACAGCCUAGCCCAUAUAUGGGGCGGUAAGCCCUACGACAGGGAGAUCAGUCCUACAGAGAACGUCCUUGUAACUUGGCUGACAGCUGGAGAAGGCUGGCACAAUUACCAUCACGCCAUUCCUUGGGACUACAAAGCUGCAGAACUCGGUCCCUCAACUGUAAAUUGGACAACUUAUCUCAUUGAAAUGUUCUCCAGAAUUGGGUGGGCGUAUGACCUGAAAACUCCUUCGCCAGAUCUUAUCCGCAGACUUGUAGAACGCAGAGGAGAUGGUACUCAUUAUAAAUGGGGUGCCGGGAUAAUGGGAACCGCGGGCAUCACUAAGCAAAUAGAUGACGAGUUCCAAAAAUGGGGGGCAGCCAGAGAACUGGCAGAAGAAAGCCAAUAAAACCAAAUGGAAUAAUUGAACAGUUUCUCGUACUUCUAACACAAAGUAUUAAGCUUUCUUGUUAACAUUUAUCAGUUUACUGGUAUUCUGGUUAUGGAUUGAAUCACAAAUGUGUUACUGUAUAUAUAACGUAUCUUAAUUUUGUGUAUCUCUGCAUAAUCUGUAAAUACAUCUGACGUGUCAACAUCUCUGUAGGAUUCAUAGCUAAACUGCAGAAUCAUUAUAACUUGGAGAUCCGAUUUUCAUUUAACAUAUUCUUUGAUCGCAUUUGAAUACUAUCUAUUUUCACAAGGAA